AUGUGGAGGUGGGUCUAUUCCAUGGUCCUUAUUCUCCUGGUGUCCGCUGAGGACUUCGACUGGACCAACAACCAGCGGACCUCCUUCUACUACGGGACGUUCCCCACUGGGUUCUCGUGGGGGGUGGGCAGCUCGGCCUAUCAGACUGAAGGAGCCUGGAAUAUCGAUGGAAAAGGCGCCAGUAUCUGGGACGCCUUCGCUCAUAAGAAUGGGAAGGUCUUCUCCAACGCCACCGGAGACGACUCCUGCGACGGAUACUUCAAGUUUAAGGUCAACGUCACCACUGCGCUUGUGUUCAGGAAUGUUGAAAUGAGGGGGACAGUAAACAUCCCACAAAAGAUGAUUUAA